AUGUCUGCUAUCAUUGCUACCAUUGCUGCAAUUAUGUCUACCUUGGUAUUUGUGACCUUCAGAAGGACUCCAAUUAGAGUCAUCAAACUCGACUCGCAUUGGGAAAGCCUGCUUUGGACCUGGCGCCUCAGAAGGUCGAAAUUACAUUUUGCAGAGAAGCUUGAAGAUUGGUACUACAAAACCAACGACUCGGAUUCUAUGCUGGGUGAGAUACUCACUAUAAAAGAGUUCUGGCUGUUUCUGCGCCCUUUCUUCGCUUCGCGGGGCUACACUCUCUAUCAAAAACAUCCAAAACCAGACUGGGUGGGUAGUAUAGUCGCUGCUCCCUGGCCGUCUCAAGCAAAGGAUGCGUCAUAUCCUUAUGCCCGUCACAUUCGAAGCAAUGAUCCGGACCCAAAGUGGACCUGCUCGCCUCGUGUUUGGGCUGCUCGUGAUGCACUUGGAAGAGAGGUUGUUAUCAAGGUUAUAUCUGAAACAGACAAGCCAACACAAGAGCUGAGGGUGUUCCAGCGCCUUAACAGUGAAAGACUUCGAGCGGAUCCAGCGAACAACACCAUCUACGCGCUAGAAUAUAUCACGUUCGACAAGUUCGUCUUUGUGGUAAUGCCUAGAUGGGAUUCUUCCUUGUUCCCUGAGUUUGAAACCGUCUCUCAGCUAAUGUCAUUUGCGCUGAUAUGGCUUCAGACAUUUGACUUUCUACACCGGAACAAAAUUGCGCAUCUUGAUUUUGUUAUGCAAAAUACUGGUAUGAACGUGAUUCUUCAACAUAGGGAAUUGUUUCGUAGAACAGGAUUGCGAGAUCCAAAAGAAGUGAGGUAUGCCCUCCUGGACUUUGGUUUCUCCGUAGCUUUCCCCGAGGAUACAGUCAUAGAGGACGUACGCAUGAUACGCUAUAAUUCGUGGGUUAUACACUAUAUACCCGACAACUGGGUCAUCUACCCAUAUAAUCCCUUCAAGGCGGAUUUAGCGAUGCUAGCAAGCUCUCUUCAGUUAUAUGUUAGGCAUCUUGAACACCUUAUUCCUGAACUCGGGCCGUUCUUUGAUUCGGUGGUUGACCUGAAUGACCCUAAUCAGCUGACAGCUAGUCAGGCCUUCGCCCGAUUCAAAGAAAUAUGUGAUGGCCUCAGUCCCGAAAUUGCUGGAUCAUCAUUUGAUACUUGGACUUGGAGACCAGGUGGCAUCAUCAAAAAGAAGCAACGACAACCCAUUACAGUGACUGAGCAGGACUGA